UGCAGUGCAGUCUUUCAAACAAAACAUUGUCUUUGUCACUCUUGUCAGUUGUCAAAAAAAUCCAACGUGCUUUCCUUUUGUAAUUUUUCAAUUUCACUAAUAUGGUAAAGAUCUAAUACUAACCUAUUAUGAACCUGUAAAUAUGUUCACAAAUAAAAUCUUAAUUUUAUGGUUCUGUGAAUAUUAUUAAAUAACGGUGUGAUAUUGAAAGAGCAAGUAAACAAGUUUUAUUUUAGGUUAGAUUUGAAUUGUCUUUCAAUUAGGUAUUUAUUCUGUUAUACAUAGUUCAAAGGAAUUAUAAUAUAAAUACAGCAUGACAGACUCUGCUAUAAAUGUUACUGUAAAGAAAAAAAGAAAGUUCACCAACGAUAAAAAUGAACUAUUGAAGAUGGAUAAAGAGGAACUGGUUGAUCUUCUCAUUCGCAUGGAAUCUCAUAAUGAACAUCUAAAAAAUAUAAUAGCAAAGCUUGAUUCUCCCACAGAGGAGUGUGACACAAGAAAAAAACGUCAAUUCGACUUCUCUAAAUGUAGAAAACAUCAUGUGCUAUUUCAUGUGAUGUAUCUGGGUUGGGACUAUCAAGGAUUUGCCUGUCAAGAUUUUUCUUCAAAAACAAUAGAACAUAAUUUGAUGUCAGCAUUGAUGAAAGCCUGCCUUAUAGAGUCACCCAAAACUGCAAACUAUCACAAGUGUGGUCGUACCGAUAAAGGCGUCAGCUCGUUUGGUCAGGUGAUAUCUUUGGAUGUGAGAUGUGCAGAUGAGGAACAAAAUGACAUUCCGUACUGCAAGAUGCUCAAUAACAUUCUUCCGGAUGACAUCAAAGUACUGGCAUGGGCUCCUGUGCCUCAGCACUUCAGUGCUCGGUUCGACUGCAAAUCUCGCACUUACAGAUACUCAUUUCCCAAAGGAAACAUGGACAUAGAGGCAAUGAAUAAGGCUUUACCUGAUUUAAUUGGAAGUCAUGACUUCAGGAAUCUAUGUAAAAUGGAUAUUGGCAAUGGAGUCGUGAAAUUUGUUAGAACAAUACUUGAUGUUAAAUUGACAAAAUUGUUCAGCGAUCCUUUCAACAAGAGUUCUGGUUAUGACAUGUACACCUUGACCAUAAGCUCUGAGGGAUUUUUAUGGCAUCAAAUACGGUGCAUAAUGGCAGUACUAAUAUUAAUUGGAGAAGGAAAAGAGAGUCCCAGUAUCAUAAAAGAGCUAUUAGAUACAGAAAAACAUCCCAGAAAACCGCAGUAUUGUCUUGCACUGGAGCUUCCCCUUGAUCUGCAUGAUAGCGAUUUCGGUCAUAUCGAUUGGAGAUAUGACGAAAUUUCGUUGCAGGAAGCUGUGAAAAAUCUUCAGAAAUGUUGGACAACACACGAAAUUAAGGCAACAAUUAUUAGGGAUAGUAUUGAAGAAAUAAUGAGGCUGUUGAAUGGCAGGAAUAUUGACGCUCAGGCCAGUGGUUUACUACCAUCGCCCAAUGCUAAGGUGUACAAACCACUUCUAGAAAGACCAACUUGUGGUGAGUUGAUUACAUUAUAAAUUAAUCUUAAAACU